AUGAUUGCGUCGGACAUUCCACCGAUCUGCAAGUAUCUGCCGUCGUAUCGGCUCUGCUCCCGCAAUCCAUUCAAUCGGGAAGCGUGCGAAGCGAUACUGCGGGAAGCCAUGGAUAAAUCGUUGCAGGGUGUCGAGUACAGCUCGUACUUUGCGCCCUCGCUGUGCCAACAAAUCUGCGAAGACAUCAAGGCGCGCGUCAAGGAGCUAAAGUUUGACAGAUAUAAAAUCAUCGUCACCGUUACCAUCGGCGAACGGUACAUGCAGGGACUGAAAGCAAUCACCCAGUUCCUGUGGGACCCGGAGAAGGACAGCUACGCCACGUGCAUCUACGACGCAUCACCGAGUCUGGUUGCUGUCGGGACGAUUUACGCCAUCUAUUUCGAUUAG